UAUAUCAAGAAAGGUGUCUUAAUUUUGAAGAGAAGAGAGAUGGGUAGGAGAGAAGAUGAAGAGAUGUUAGUUUCGAAAGAAAAGUAUGUUGAUGGUUGCCCGGGAUGUGAGGUUGAUAGGCACAAACAAAUGCAAACUGGAUUACCCCUUAAUCAACUUCUCAUUGUCUUGAUUAUUGUGCUCUCCACUGCUCUCACAAUAUCAUCUCUUUUCCCAUUCCUCUACUUCAUGAUAAGGGAUUUCCACAUUGCAAAAACAGAAGAAGAUAUUGGUUACUAUGCUGGCUUUGUUGGGUCUUCAUACAUGCUUGGAAGAGCCAUGACUUCUGCGUUGUGGGGAGUAAUUGCUGAUAGAUAUGGUCGGAAACCUGUCAUAAUUAUAGGCUGUGCCACUGUGGUUGUUUUCAACACUCUAUUUGGGCUUAGUAUAAAUUAUUGGAUGGCCAUCACAACCAGGUUUCUCCUUGGAAGUUUGAAUGGCCUACUUGGACCAAUUAAGGCAUAUGCAUGUGAAACAGUUGCUGAAGAAUACCAAUCUCUGGCAUUGUCUGUGGUGAGUGCAUCUUGGGGCACAGGGUUAGUUAUAGGAUCAGCUUUGGGAGGCUUUCUUGCUCAGCCUGCAGACAAAUACCCUGGAAUAUUCACACAAGAUUCUAUUUUUGCAAGAUUCCCAUAUUUCCUGCCCUGCCUCAUAAUCUCAAUAUUUGCAGCCAUUGUAACCAUUGCUUGUUUCUGGAUCCCGGUAUCUCUCAUACCUCUUUUUUUAUCAAACACUCCUACCAAAUUAGAUGUUGCUAGUUUUCAAUUCAAGUAUACAUGGCAGGAAAGCCUACACACUCACAAGCAAGAGAGGAGAGAUGUUUUGGAGGAACGGAAAAAGAGCCUCUUCAAAAACUGGCCACUCAUGUCAUCCAUCAUUGUGUAUUGCAUUUUCAACCUUCAUGACAUGGCUUACACUGAGAUAUUCUCGCUGUGGGCCGAGAGCCCCACAAGAAUCGGCGGCCUCGGAUACACAACCAAGGAUGUUGGAACAGUUCUCACAAUCUCAGGCUUAGGCCUUCUCAUCUUCCAAUCUUCACUCUAUCCGAUAGUGGAGAGAAUCAUGGGCCCCGUCCUGGUUUCUCGAGCUCUAGGAAUGAUUUCAAUUCCUCUGUUAACAAGUUACCACUACAUAGCCAUGCUGUCCGGGAUCACGCUGGUCGUAGUGUUGAAUGCCGCAUCUCUACUGAAGAAUGUCCUAUCGAUCUCGAUUGACACGGGGCUUUUCAUAUUACAGAAUAGAGCAGUGGACCAAGACCAGAGAGGAGCAGCAAAUGGUAUAGCCAUGACACUCAUGUCAUUCUUCAAAGCCUUUGGUCCAGCAGGGGGAGGAGCUUUAUUUUCUUGGGCUGAAAAACGUCAAGGUGCUGUUUUUCUUCCAGGAGAUCAAAUGGUUUUCUUAAUCCUCAACGCGAUUGAGGCGAUUGCAGUUAUGCUAACAUUCAAACCAUUUUUGGUGGAACGGACCAGAUGAGAGUCUCCAUCUUAAUUAACAGAGUUAAUAUCCGAAGGUGAUACAUAAUAGUUGGCCCAAAUUCGGGCAGGUUGGUCUGAUUGACAUCCGUAAUUGUGAAAUCAAAGUAAAGUUAUAUUAAUAUUUGAUCA